AUGCCGCGGUUGUUGUUACCGUGUGGUGUUGAGCUCAUCAACAGCAGCACCUCACAACCUCAUAAUAUGUUGGUGAAUGAGGAACAGAGAGGACUUGAGGAGCGAUCGGUACUGAAUGCCGAAAUGGACUUUUUCACCGACGAGUAUCUCUCCGCUCACGCAGGUGCCACCCGCCCUCACACCACCAUUAGCGGGAACACAAGGGAGACAUGCAAUGGAGAGCAGGGAUCGUGUGUUUCACAGGAAAGGACUACAGAGGGUUCAAUCGCAGCUAUCGAUUGCGAUGUUUCACUGCAACUCAUUCAAUCGGGCCGGGGCAGUGGCCACAGUGUUGUAUACACUGUUCGUGUACCUGCGGCGGUCUCAUUCUCAUCCCCAUCGACAGAAUCGGAAUUGGCGGCUAACGGCUCUGCUACCUCUCUGCGCCUGCAACAAAUUGUCAAUUCAGAGUGGCGGAACAGGAAGGAGGAAAUGACCAACAUGGGUGGCGCAUGGGAGGGAAGGGAAUCCACUCCAACUGCAGCCACCUGUUGUUGCGAUGCAUUUGAUUGCGAAGAAGCUGCUGCUGGUCCCAACUACCCCGCUGACCGUUUUCGUGGCCGCAGGUUGGCGACGCCCAAAGCAACACCUUAUGGAACGGGAGCCGAUCCUUCUGCUACUCAUUUCGAAGAAACUUUCCGUAACACUGCCUUCAGUAUAUCAGAGACUGGGAUCAACCCUGUCUCACAUCUGCCGCCCGUAUGUGCGGUGCGGUUACCACCCGAUUUUGUGUUCGGGUUACGACUUCCACCAGAUACGGAAAGGCGACUUGUUGAGCUGUACAAUGGUGGAUCGGUAACUCUGAGAGAGGUGAAAACACCAAAAAUUCCCAAGUGGCUCACCGCUUUUUUCUACACCUCGGGGGUGCGUUGCCAACUUUCCACACCACUUCCUUCGACUCCGGAGACCAGACUGGUCGGAGGGUUGAUGAACAAGCUUUCCGCAGUUUCCGUGUUGGAAGGGUUUUGCAUCGCCGCUCUCCAUGUUGUUUCUCAUAUGGGUGAGUUACGGUUGCAUAACGGGGGCCAGAAACUCCACGUGAGUGAAACGGCAGGGGUGGAUGAUGCACAGCGUUGCUUGCUGGAUGAAGGUGGCAUCUUUGCUCACACACAGGAGGAACAAAUAAGGCUCUGGCUGCAUCGUUAUGUUCCGCAAGAGGCAUACACAAAUGGCAGGGAUGGAGAUGUUGCGCAAAGAGACGCAGAUUCAACUUCCGUGUAUCCAUCAGCUGUGGCCGUUGUGUACUACAUCGCCAUUGAACUAGCACGGGGACUGUUCCCCUGCAUUCUUUCAGGGUUGGAAGCUACAAUUCUUACUGCAUUGCAGCCACUUGUCAGCGCACAGACUCUGAUCCCAGAGGUUUCCGGAUGCAGAUCAUCGCGUUUACCGCGGCCAGCGAGCCACAACCGUGCGAUUUCGCUGCUGACACAGAGCCCUAUGUCUUUAUGGUGGUGGUGGCGGCAACGUGACUCCCACAGUGAUGCUGUAGAGAGAGAGUGUAAUGGGAAAAACAAGGCUCUUUCCUCCCUCCCAAUUCGCUGUCCGAAUGCAGUCGCCACUGCAAGGGGAUAUGGCGCGGUCCGAUUUUUAAAGUUUUUUUCAUUCUUCUGCGUAGAGCAAAUCACGGCUGAGACACGGCACGUUGAAGAAGCGAGGGAGUUUUUCGAGGUGGCACAGUUCCUUGCUUCGUCCUCAGCACUUUUCAGUGAACUACUAUUGGAUCGUGAGGUAAUGAGCGUCCUGGAGCGAACUACAACAGAAGUUGGUAAACUCACUCGUAAAGAAGCAGAAGAUUGCGGUCAUGGUCGAGCCAAUGCUGAGCCUACACAAGUAACGCGGAUCCUAAUGCGUUGCUUCGUUGUGCUUAUCUGUUGGAUGGCGUUUCGGCCCUCAGGGUACUCUCGUUCACUUGCGCGAACGUACUUUGCAUAUAUUCUGCGCCCCGCCUCCUGCUUGUGUGAGCUGUCGAUGAAAAGGGGAAUGAUAUCCGAUGCGGCUAAGAAGGAUGGGGUAAAUUCGGCAUUAGUGGCUUGCGUGCACGAUUACUUUUCAAAAAUAUCUUCGCUGUUGCAUGCGGUUCGUGGCUUUAGCCGCCCGCAGCGCCGUCGAAGGCAGCAAGCGGAUUUUCCUUCCCGAAACCCGUGGAGACCUCUUGGGUGUACUGAAGAGGUCAGUGUUCUUGGUAACGGCGAUUGUGGUUGUAAUGAUGACCAAACAACUAUUACUUCACGCAGUCAUGCAUCUGCAAGUUCCUUCCUCCCCACCCACUCUUCAAACGGCAUUGCAACAAAUCCCGCCCAUCACCUGCUUACACGCGGUUUGUCUUGCGCUACUUCCGAGGAUGAACUGAUAUUCUCGUCGCAUUCGUUGCGACUUCUCCGCCACGCCAUCCGCCAUGCCCGUGGUGUUCUUCAGUCACUUAGAAGUGAUGUGCUCGGAACCAGCGAAUGCACGGCAGCUUUUGACGUGGUGACCGGUUCAAAGCGGUUCCGCGAGAGUUCGGGUACCAGUACCUUAGAAGGGGCAUAUGACCAAUGUGCACCGCAGUGUGAGAUGAAAUGCGCAUGUGCCAAAACACCACAACUACAUCAUUUUUUGGGUGAAUGCGAGGACCCUUCACUAUAUGUCGGAGGUGUCUUAUGGAGCGUUUCAAGUGAAGAUGAGGAGGAUAGUGCCGGUAUAUUUACCACCUCCACCACAACCAACCCAACAACACCAACCACCGCGAGUGAUAGUGGCACCGGCAGCGCGAUUGAAGCCACAUCGUGGCAUUUUGUUGAAUAG